AUGAACGUCUUCCAAGAACAGCGAGGAAUGAUCUCUCUUUUCGCCUCCGAAGGCCAAAGAGAGGGAGCCAUUAUUGCCGUCAUCCUCGAGGAACUCAAACUCCCCUAUCGCCUUCAUCUGGUCGAAAAGCCAGAAGAUAUUGAUGCGAAAAGUCUCCCGGUGCUCAGGAACAUUCAAAGCGACGGCGAGUCCGUCGAUCGUUCCGGGUUCCACGAGGUUGUGUCGUACCUGAUUGCGCGCUAUGACACAGCUCAUGAAGUGUCUUAUAAGAAGGGCUCCAAGGAGGAUGAUGAGGUCAACAAAUUCGUUGCAUCCUUAACUGAGCCCAAUGCAGCCCAUCCAGAAGAGCACCGCUUCGAUCUCGAUGCAAAGGAUGGCAUCCCCUUCGCCAGAAAGGCUAUCAGUCUGUAUCUUCACCUUGAGCAGCAUCUGCAGAAGUCGCACAGUAACUACCUGGUGGGCAAGAAAUGCACCCUUGCGGAUCUCCUCCACCUCCCCUACGUGGCUGCCGCAGGCUCAGCUGGUCUCGACCUUGAGAGGUUCCCGGAGCUGACAAUAUGGUACGAUCGGGUUUAUCAGCGUCCGGCAGUGCAGAAAGGCUUCAAUGCUGUUCAUCUAAAGAUCCGCGGAUAGAAUAGCCCUUCUAUCACCAAUUGACUACGCCAUUGGUCAGGACAGCUGACAGAGAUUGAAGCGAUGUGUGAUGGACUUGUCGCUCCUUUAAUUCCUUAAUUGUAUCCACUGUUCAUGUUUCCUGUAUAGAGUAGUGUAUGUUAUAGAUAUAUACUGGGUUGUUAUAGAUCAGCGAUUUGUACAU